AAAUUUUUCUUAUUGAUUCUCUCAUUUUCUUUUCCUCAUUUUGUUCUAUAUAUUGACCCCUCAACUCCUUCACAAACCUCUUCCUCUUCUCUUCUCUUCCCCCUCUUUAGAUUUUGUGCUUAAUUUCUUGCUCUUCUAGGUUUAAGGGCAGAAGCUCUGCUGGUUUUGGGUCUCUCCCUCUCUCUCUUUCUCUGGUUUUCUUGAUCUUCUCUUUGUUGGUUUUGUUCUUUCUUUUGUUUUGUUUCUGGAUUUGUGCCAAAACUCCAUAAAAAGUCAAUCUUGACUGCUAGAUUUUCUGGGUUUUUUUUUUCUUCUUCUUCAGAUCUGUGGGUGUUCUGGUGAAAUCUGAUGCUGGAGAUCUUGAUCUUAAUGUUUCAGAUUCAUGUCUCCAGUUCUUAGUGAAAUCCUCCGGUCAGGGUUUAUGAUCGGAUCCUCUCUCAGACGCAGGACCCAUCUUGUUCAAUCCUUCUCUGUUGUAUUCCUUUACUGGUUUUAUGUUUUUUCAUAAAUAGCCCUCUCAUCAUCACUGCCUGGCAUAUACAUAUAACUAUAUAACUAUAUAUAAUCAACUAAAAUCAGCUGUUAUAAGGUCAGAUCAGCCUAAAAUCAACCAAAUUUUUUCUGGGUUUUAUUAGUUUUUCUUUCUUCUGUGCUGCAAAUAUACCAUAUAUAUGGCAUCUUCUAGUGGGAAUUCUAGCUCAGUCUGCACUGGUCAGCUUCAGAACUCAGGAUCUGAAGAGGAAUUGCAGCAGUUGAUGGACCAAAGAAAGAGGAAGAGAAUGCAAUCAAACCGUGAAUCUGCAAGAAGAUCCAGGAUGAGAAAACAGAAACACUUGGACGAUUUGAUGGCAGAAGUGGUUCAAUUGAGGAAGGAAAAUAACCAAAUCCUCACAAGCAUCAAUCUCUCAACCCAACAUUUCCUCAAUAUCGAGGCUGAAAACUCCAUUCUGAGAGCUCAAACCAUGGAAUUAGGCCAGAGACUUGAGUCUCUGAAUGAGAUCCUUCACUUUAUCAACACCACAAGCAAUGGCAAUGGAGUUUUUGAGACUGAUCUUCAUCAUGAAGACAUGAUAAAUCAUCAUAAUAUCUUCAUGAACAACAACAACAACAACCACCCAUCUAAUCUGCUUUAUCUUAACCAACAACCAAUCAUGGCAUCUGCAGAUCAGACCUUUCCAUAUUGAUUGAGGGCUAAAAUAGUCAAUUCUCAUCCUUUGUUUUGGUAGGCCAAGUCAUAUAUGAUCAUAUAAAUGGUAAAUUAAGGGAAAAAUGAGCUCACUAUGUAAGAAUAUGGUGUGUGAAGACCAAAGAGCCCCUUAAUGUAUUGUGGUUGGUUGGCUAUAUAUAUAUAUAAAUUAGUGGUGUAUAUGUUCCACAUUAUAU